AUGAUGGCCUUUCACGUGAACUUAACUCAUGUAUACGGAAAUUCUUUUGGACGAAGCCAGCACAGCGUGGCCCGGCCUGGCGGAGAUGACCAGGGUCCGCGAGUCGUUCGAGAGGUGGUUUCGGGCCUGGGGCACCUUCAGGAGGAAAGUGUAGGAGGCCCUGGCGGUUUUCCAGGCGUUGUUGGACUGGAGGCGGUUGUUGUGCUUGUCGAUGGAGGUGUAGGGGCGGUGGGUGAAGUCGCGGGUGGAUUUGGGGAGUCAGGGGGUUUCGGGUUCGGGUCGGACAGGUCGACAGAAGUGUCGGGAGUUUCCAGUCGUCUGGCCAUUCCCGUCGAGGUUAUCCUCUUCUGCUGUGAGCAUUCCCGGAGAAGCCUGGUGGGUCUGUUCGCCGAUAGAGGCUGUUUGGGUGAGCUCAGAAGGUGCGGGAAGGAUGAGGAGAUCUACAUGAUGAACAACAGGAAUUACGUAAUCGAUCUGUAUUUGGAGAGGGAUAUUGGGGAUUUAAAGGAGGCUAGCGACCAGAUUCUGAGGCUGCCGGGGAUUGUGGAGAAAGGGAUGUUUCUGGCGAUCUACGUGAUUGUGGUCGGCGUUAACGGCGUGACUAUGAAGACUAAGGUCGGGGAGAAUUGGAAGUGGAUUCUUUUAGUUAUGGGGAUUUGA